CCCAGCUGAAAAUUUUGCAAAUCGUCAACAUUUUAAUUUUAGCAAAAUUGUGAAAUUAUUUUUUAAAAUAUUGCCAAUAAACGCGAAAACACAUACUGCCGAAAAUWAGAUUUGUUGCGAAACCAUACAGUGUGUUUUUCAGAGGUGUCGGGGAAGGUUUUGUACUAUUGGAUUUGUCUGCAACUUGUCUGAAUACAAUAAAAAGGAAUUGGACAUGGCGACAGCCAAAAUAUCAGCAUUUACAUCUAAAAACUAUGAAUAUGAUUGUACUCGUAAAUGUCGUCAUGUUGAGCAUGGAAAUAAAAUAACUGCAGCAUUGACCAAACGUUCAAUUGACGAUGAGCACCUUGGAGCAUACAUUGCAAAAACUUGCGCAAACUACAUGGAUAUAGUGGAUGAUUUGGGACGMUCUGCAGUGCACUUGGCUGCAUCCGUUAAUCGUUAUGCUAUACUCGAGUGGUUGCUUAAUCAUGGGGCCAUUAUAAAUAGUCGUGAUUUUGAAUCUGGAAGUAGUGCACUACAUCGUGCGAUCUAUUACGGCUGCAUUGAUUGUGCCGUUCUUCUGUUGCGCUAUGGUGCUAGUCUAGAGCUUUUGGAUGAUGAUACUCGUUGUGCUUUACAAAACGUUUGUCGGCCCCGUGAUUUUCCUAUAUUUGCAUCGGUCCAAAGUAGUAACGAAAUUUUAGUUUGGGGUACAAACAAAAAUUAUAAUUUGGGAACAGGAAAUUCUGAAUCCACCAAUACCCCACAGUCGGUUGACUUCUUUCGAAUACUUUAUUCGGUGGGUCAUGGAGAGGGCGGACGUUUAGGAGUUGGAGGUGAGCAUAGCCUAGCUACCCCUAAAAAGGUGAAGAUUCCAAAAAAGAGUUAUGGGGAACAUAUAAUAUGCAUAAGCGCAUCUCGAAAGCAUUCAUUAUUGCUAACAGAUAAUUCUGCCGUAUUUGCUUGUGGCUUAAACGAGGAUAAACAAUUGGGAGUUCGUGAUGCAGGCGAUAAAUUAGCAGUUUUUCGAGAAGUAGUAACAUUACGCGAUCUAAAUGUAUCUGGUCUGUUGCGUGUAAUUGCCAGAGAUUUUCACUCAAUCGCAUACUCAGAACAAUGUAUUUAUACAUGGGGCACAAAUCACGGCCAAAUGGGUAUUGACACUGAUGUGAAAACUGUACCCUUACCAAAACAAAUGAAAUUACCAUCAAAAACUAAUAUUGAUUUUGUUGAAGCGAAUAACUCAGCAACUGUAGUUUAUACUAAGGAUACGAAUAUUUUAUUAUAUUUCAAAUGCAAAAUGCGUACAAUUAAGCCGCCGAAUUUCGAAGCCUUGAAAAGUAUUUCCGUUGUUGGUGGCGACGUUGUUAAGUCUGGUAAAGGUACUGCCACAGCUUUGAAACUGCUUAUGCUUACGCAAACAAAUGUUAUUUUUCUUUGGUAUGAAAUUACUCAGCAAUUUUACAGAUGUAGUUUUUCGCAACUACGAAUCUCGCAAAUCGACAAAAUCUUUUACAAAGCUAACCAAGUGUUCAUACUAUCGCAAGGUGAUGUAUAUAAAGGCAAAUGUCAGCAGGUGCCAAUACCGACUUACAUGACCAGAACCGAUACUCAAAAGCAUCCCUCAUCAACAGGCAAUAUAUGGAGCAGCUGUGAUCAGAAUCGAACAGAAAUCUGUAAAGAGCACAUGAUACGCAUUGAGCUGCAGCGCUAUCCAAGUGUUGAUCGAGCCGUCGAUAUAUUCUGUGAUGAUGAUUUCACGUCGUUUGCUGUUUUACAGGAAUCACAUUUAAAAUAUUUCAAAUUACCCAAUUUAAGACAUGAAGAAUACAAUUUCAAGAAAUUGUACAAUGAAGUGGAUGAAUUCGAUGCUGUGCAUGACGUAGUGUUUCAUGUGGAUAGUGAAACGUAUGCUGCUCACAAAUUUAUUUUGUACGCUCGUGCGCCUGGCUUGCGUGACAUACUCCAGUCUUAUGAAGAUGAACAUAUCUACUUAAAUUUCAAACUAAUGACUGGCAAGAUGUUCGAAUUGAUGCUAAAACAUAUCUACACAAAUCAAUUUCCAAAUGAAGAUGACCUAGACAAUAUUCAACACAGCUUAGGUCCGGACUGUCCAACUGAACGUAUCGAUAUUUGCAAGUUGUUUUUGCAAUUCGUUGAGAAAUUCAAAAUACAAAGUUUGGCAAAUUUUUUGCAAAGUUUUACACAGAAGUCUCCAUUCUAUUUACCGCAAAUAGCGGAUAAAUCAAAAUAUCGUUUCAAUCGCCUUUACCAUGGUGAUUUUCCAGAACUUUAUGAUGUGCGCAUCAUUUGCGGCGGCGACGUUGUCCUACCAGCGCACAAAUGCAUUCUAGUUGCCCGCCUUGAAUACUUCAACAUGAUGUUCACACACACAUGGGCUGAGCAAAGCACAGUCAAUUUGAGCACUAUACCACCGGAGUACAUGCGCCCUAUUAUAGAGUUCUUGUACAGCUCGGACGUGGAGAACUUUCGCAAGCAGAACUUCUCCGAAACAUUUUUGUUCAAUAUGRUUGUAUACUGUGAUCAAUUCUUUAUUGAAAGUUUGCGUAAGGUGUGCGAGACGUUAAUAUUGGACAAGAUAACCAUACGAAAAUGUGGAGAAUUUUUGGAUUUUGCGUGCAUGUAUAAUUGUGACAUUUUGAAGGAGGGCUGUUUGGAGUUCAUUUGCCAGAAUUUAGCACGAGUAUUGAACUAUAAAAGUUUGGAUGUGUGUGAACCCGAUGCGCUUAGGUAUAUAAAUGAACAUUAUCGGAAAAUGUUUAAGGAUGUAUUUGACUAUCGUAUGAUAACGCCAGAUUCGGAUGCGGCGGAUGAUGAAUUGUUAUUGAGUUUUGUGGACGAUUUUCGAAUCGAUCUAACAUAUCGUAUGGAUGAAGACGWUGAAGCUUUAAAUAAGUCGGGCAAACAAAAGUCGAAGGAAAGCAAAAAUAACAUGAAUGCCAAGCGUCAAUAUGAACUUGAAGCCAUAUCCUCCAUGCUGGAGACAAUAAAUGUGAAUGAAAAAAAUAUGAAAGAAGCGCAAGAGAYCCAAUCCAAGGUGACCAAAGAAGCUUCAGAGAUGGCGGAAAAACUACAAGCCGAAGCACGAACAUGGAUGAAGGUGGCUGAUAAGAAGGAUCAAAAGAAACGUCAACCAGUCGAGCAUUCACCUAAACUUAAUGAGAUUUUGAAAGCGGAAGAGACACCAAAACUUGAAUACGUUUCUGUAACAAAAAUUAAUGGUGAGAGUGCUGCCGCAAAAACUCCUGAAAAGUCUUUAAGCGAGGACCUGCCUACAAUGACACCUAAUAAGGGGUACAGCUUAAAUYUGGCUGACUUUACAACACCACCGUCACGUGAAAAGCUCUCGCAGAAACAACGCAAGCGACUCUCUUCGGAAUCAACGACUUCUUGGCGAACGUCGGCAACGUCGGCAACGCCGGAAAGCAAACCAGUUAAYGUACCAGUAACACCGCYAAAUGCUUGGGGUGUAGUCGCACAGGCUUCCCCAAGCGCAUACUCACUUUCCCCGCCCACAGGCAGUAUUGCCGAUCCGAGCUCGUUUGCGAAUAUGAUGCGAGGCAAUCCGAGUAAUGCUGACAAUAGUUUUUCACGAAUUGUAGCCGAUGAACGAAAGCAACGCGAUUACUAUGAACGCAUGCGCAACAAGUCGCUGGUACUGACGCAAAUAGAAGAACAGGCAAUAGCUGAGUUACGCGAGUUUUACAAUGUUGAUAAUGUAACGGAUGAGGAAAUAACAAUCGAAAGAAAGUCACUGCCUUCAACCAUGAAUUUUGCCGUCUGGCAACGCCAUUAAACAGGCAAAGGAACAUAGAAAUUUGCCGAAGAAUGCCGCAAACAUUUACAUAUACAUAAUUAUAUAUGUAUAUAUGUAUGUAUAUAUUUAUAUUGGUUAGUAGAAUUUUUAUUAGCUUUGC